UGACAGCUUAAAUUCGAUCAAAACUAAUGCAGCCGGUAUUGGUUCAUUCCCUGGUUUUAUAGAUAAAAAUUGAAUUUUAAAUAAAAAAGAGAAUAUAUUAUAUUAUAAUAUAUAAAUUUUCUUUGAAACGAAAUAUUGAAAUUAAAAAAUAAUAAUGGUUGUGCGUCCGUAUACGGAAGAAUUGAAAUAUAUGGAGAAAAUUAGUGAUUGCUGUUGGCGCAUCAAAAAAGGUUUUCAACCACAUAUGAAUGUCGAAGGCUGCUUUUAUGUCAACAGCCGUUUGGAACGUUUAAUGCUUGAAGAAUUAAAAAACUCCUGCCGACCAGGUGCAGUUGGUGGUUUUUUGCCAGGUGUUAAACAAAUUGCAAAUGUUGCUGCAUUACCAGGCAUUGUUGGUCGCUCAAUUGGUUUGCCAGAUAUACACUCCGGUUAUGGCUUUGCUAUUGGUAACAUGGCAGCAUUUGAUAUGGAUGACCCCAAGUCUAUUAUAAGUCCUGGCGGUGUUGGCUUUGAUAUUAAUUGUGGUGUACGUUUACUACGUACAAAUUUAUAUGAAGACGAUGUUCAACCAGUUAAAGAGCGAUUAGCUCAAUCCCUGUUUGAUCAUAUUCCAGUUGGCGUGGGAUCAAAAGGUAUUAUACCCAUGAAUGCUCGUGAUUUGGAAGAAGCAUUAGAAAUGGGAAUGGAUUGGUCAUUACGUGAAGGCUAUGUUUGGGCCGAAGAUAAAGAACAUUGCGAAGAAUAUGGGCGUAUGCUAAAUGCUGAUCCGUCUAAAGUUAGUUUACGUGCUAAAAAACGUGGUUUACCACAAUUAGGCACAUUAGGCGCUGGUAAUCAUUAUGCAGAAAUUCAAGUGGUUGAUGAAAUUUUUGAUAAGUGGAGUGCUGGAAAAAUGGGUAUCGAAGAAACGGGACAAAUAUGUGUUAUGAUACAUUCUGGUAGCCGUGGUUUUGGUCAUCAGGUGGCUACUGAUGCUCUAGUACAAAUGGAAAAGGCUAUGAAAAGAGAUAAAAUUGAAACAAACGACCGUCAGUUGGCUUGUGCACGAAUAAAUUCUCCAGAAGGACAAGAUUAUCUUAAGGCUAUGGCAGCGGCUGCAAACUUUGCGUGGGUCAAUCGUAGUUCAAUGACUUUCUUAACACGUCAAGCAUUUGCCAAACAGUUUGACACCACACCUGACGACCUAGACAUGCAUGUGAUUUACGAUGUAUCACAUAAUAUAGCAAAAAUAGAAAACCAUAUGGUGGAUGGCAAAGAAAAAAAGCUGCUUGUACAUAGAAAGGGUUCUACACGUGCAUUUCCCCCACAUCACCCAAUGAUUCCAGUAGACUACCAGCUAACUGGACAACCUGUACUCGUUGGUGGUACUAUGGGAACGUGCAGUUAUGUAUUAACAGGUACUGAAAAGGGAAUGUUCGAAACAUUUGGUUCUACAUGUCAUGGAGCUGGUCGUGCAUUAUCACGUGCAAAAUCUCGUCGCAACUUAGAUUAUAAAGAUGUACUACAAAAGCUGGAGAGCGUUGGCAUUGCAAUUCGAGUUGCUUCACCUAAACUAGUCAUGGAAGAAGCACCUGAAUCAUAUAAAGAUGUAACCGAUGUAGUAGACACCUGUCAUGCAGCUGGCAUAAGUAAAAAAUGUAUGAAAUUAAGACCUAUUGCAGUAAUCAAGGGUUAAGGACUUUUAAUAUAUAGCCAUAUGCAAGAUAUCACGUAAUAUUCAUUGAAUUCAACUCUCUCAAAAAUUUAACAUAAGGAUGUUCUGCGAUUGACUGACAAAUGCUGGGCAGAAAAAAUUUUUGUAAUUAAUGUUGUGUAUAGCGAAUUCAAUAUACUCAUUUAUUAUCAAAUCAAAUAAAUAACUAAAUUUAAA